GCUCCCCGUCGAGCAGUCCACGCCCCCCAAACCCCCUUCCGCCGCCUCACCCCGCCGACGAGCCCACCGCCGCCGCCGCCGCCGCCGCCGCCGCCAACCAGCCCACUACCUAAAAUCGUUACAGCGCGAGCGAGCCGCUUCUUCAUCUCCUUCCUCUCCGGCGGCGGCGACAGAAACUGGUUGCUCGGCCACGGCCGCCACGCAGUCCCCGUGAGGCACCGGGAGAGAUGAGGGAGGUGGUGACGGUGCAGGUCGGCGGCUUCGCCAACUUCGUCGGCUCCCACUUCUGGAACUUCCAGGAUGAGCUCCUCGGGCUCGCCGACGACCCCGCCGCAGACGCCGCCUUCAGGACCGCGCCGCUCGACAUGGACGUCCUGUACCGCACCGGCGAGACGCUCCAGGGCGUCUCCACCUACUGCCCCCGUUUGGUAUCCAUUGGUUCUCGAGGGUCUCUUGGUUCUUUAAGUUCUUCCGGCGCUCCAGGUCUGAGUAGCGCUGCCUCGGACCAGCUCAAUGUCACUACAUGGUCUGGAAAUGUAACAAGAUCUGUAGCAAAGCCUCAUGGGCGGAACCUGUUUCUGCAAAGCUUGACUGAACAAGAGCCGAACCCAAGCACUAGCAAUGGUGGGGACAACUCUCAGAAAAGUGUAGAAGAUAAGGACUUAGUUGAAUGCCUAGAGAAGGAUGUCAACUUUUGGACUGAUUAUACGAAGGUUCAGUAUCAUCCUCAAAGCUUGUAUGAAAUGUAUGGGUCAUGGACAGACUUUGACAAGUUUGAUAACUUUGGAACUGCAAGGGAGGUAGUUUCAGAAUGGUCUCUAAUGGAGGAGAUGAAUGAGAAGCUAAGGUUCUUUGUUGAAGAAUGUGAUCACAUUCAGGGUAUCCAGUUUAUUGUGGACGAUUCGGGAGGGUUUUCCAGCAUAGCUGCAACUUAUUUGGAAAACAUUGCUGAUGACUACACAAACACACCUGUAUUGCUUUAUUGUGUGAGGGAUCCAGUUACCCAUGGAUCAUCCAGGAAUCAAAGGGAGACCAUAUCAAGAUCUUUGCAUGAUGCUGUUUCAUUUUCAAAGCUUUCAUCAUUUUGCAGUUUGAUGGUUCCAAUAGGACUGCCUUCUCUCAGUCAAAGUUAUCUGUCACCCUUCCUUUCUAUACAAGACGCAAAACCAUUCCACUCCAGUGCAAUUUCUGCAGCAGCGAUACAUUCAGUAACUGUACCAUUUAGACUACAAAACGCUGGCCCGGCUUCAAACAUAGCACAUUCAUCUGGUAAUAUUGAUAUGCGUGAACUUGUGCACAUAAUAUCUGAUCAGGGUAGGCAGAACAUGGUUACUGCUCUGGACGUAGCAAUGCCUGCCCCUUCUUUGAAAGAUGGAAAUGAUCUGUGGAACAUGAAAAGCCUGCACUCACUGACCCCUGAAAUAAGUGAUGAAGAAGAAGACCCAUACUCUGUUGAAUCAUUGGUGGUUCAUGGAGUUCUGCGUGCAGGUGGGCAUCGGGCAUCAAUAUCACAAGUGAAGAGCUCCGUGUAUUCAGCUUACGAAGCCAGAGCCACAAAACCAAAGUUCUCCCAUCUGUCAGUGUCGCCCUGCCCGCUCCCCAUCCCCCUCCCGUUCCCGUCAAUCUUCAGGAGCAACAUCAGCCAGCACGGCGAGAUCCUCGGCAACCACGCAGAGGGAACCCAGACAAAGGGCUCACUCGACGUCGAGUCGAUACCGAUGGCCGCACGCCUAAGGUCGAGCAACGCGGUCCUGCCCUUCAUCGAGAGGCGCUCACUGAGCCUCCAGAAGUUUGGUGUCGCCAGGGGCGCUCUGGGGACCCAGAUACUCCGCGACUGGGGCUUCGGAAGGGAGGAGAUGGAGGACAUGGGGGAGCACCUGUCCAGGAUGGUUCGCGCGCUUCGCCCCGACGACGGCCUAACAUCGGAUUCUGACUAAAACUCUUGUGACACGGUGCAGCAGAGGAGGUGGAAUAUUCUCGUGCGUGUGCUACGUACCUGCUUUGCUUUUGCAAUCGAACCGGAGAUGCGAUCUGGCGUGCGAGGGUGGGGUUUUGUGAUGUAUAUGCCCAUGGCCGUUGGUGUUAUCUCAGCACGGGCGUAUGCAAUGCCCACACAUGCGAUUGUUGUGACAUUCUGGCCCAUGUUGAGCCUGGAUCCAGAUCGCCCAGAUCUCCGUUUUCUUUUCCGUUGUUUCUCUGAGGUCGGGUGCCAAUGCGGCUUCUGCAUCGCACUUGCGGGGAUUUUGCAGAGAUGGGAAAGCUGAUGACAUGACCGACCUGUGCAGCCUCUAUCUCUGAUGCUUCAUGCUUGCAUGCACGCCAUCAAAUUUCGGACGACUUUGGCACACGAGUGUUGCGAAUUUGACUGUUGUGGGGCAUGGAGUUCAGCAUGGCGCGGCACGAGCUACGCUCCUGUACGAUUACAAUCGGCCCGUGAAACCUGGUACCAGUGUACUACUACUAGCAUCUUGGUUUUCUUGA